UGCGUGCGGCUCGCGCAGGCCCGGCAGCCGCGGCCCUCGCGCCAGCCCCUUCCCUGCCUGCCACGUACGGGCGGCCGCAGCCGGGCGCGCGAGGGGCGGGUGGCCUCCUCCGGCGGGACCGGCGCCACACUCUGUUUUCUGGCACUGAUAGUGCAUGACUGCUUAUGCUGACUCAAUCCUGAAGUGAGGUGGGAAUUCUGUCCAGUAAUCCAGCGUAAGACAGGCAAGGAGAGCAAAAUUUGGUUUUCUCAUAACGCACUGUUAUAACAUCCUUAAAGGUCUGCAGGCAAUAAGGAAUCCACCAUGAAUGGGCAGCUGGACUUAAGUGGGAAGCUGAUCAUUAAAGCUCAGCUUGGGGAAGAUAUUAGGAGAAUUCCUAUUCAUAAUGAAGAUAUCACCUAUGAUGAAUUGGUGCUAAUGAUGCAGAGAGUGUUUAGAGGAAAACUUCUGAGCAAUGAUGAAGUCACAAUAAAAUACAAAGAUGAAGAUGGAGAUCUUAUAACAAUUUUUGAUAGCUCAGAUCUUUCCUUUGCAAUUCAAUGCAGUAGGAUACUUAAGCUGACAUUGUUUGUGAAUGGGCAACCAAGACCCCUAGAAUCUAAUCAGGUGAAAUACCUGCGUCGAGAGCUGAUAGAACUUCGCAAUAAAGUCAAUCGUUUACUGGACUGUUUAGAACCGCCGUCUGAACCAGGGCUUUCCACUAAUCUGCCUGAAAAUGGUGCUGUAGAUGGUAGGGAAGAAAAGCCUGCUGCUGCUGACUCUAACGUUAAGCCAUCUACUCAAGUUAUAGCAGCGAGCAUGUCUGCGUUCGAUCCGCUAAAGAACCAGGAUGAAAUCAGCAAGAAUGUCAUGUCAGCGUUUGGCUUGACAGACGAUCAGGUGUCAGGACCACCCAGUGCCCCUGCGGAAGAGCGAUCAGGAACACCAGACAGUAUCGCUUCCUCCUCUUCUGCAGCCCACCCUUCUGGUGUUCAGGCCCAGCAGGCUCCGUACCCCGGAACACAGCCACAGACUGGUCAGGUGGAAGGUCAGAUGUAUCAACAGUACCAGCAGCCGGGCUACCCCGCUCAGCAGCCACAGGCCCAGCCGCAGCCCCAGCAGCAGUACGGUGUGCAGUACCCAGCAGGCUACAGCCAGCAGCAAACCCCCUCGCAGCCAGCCCAGCAGUUCCCGGCCUACAGCCAGCCUGCGGGGGCCCCGGCCACCGCCUUCCCCGGGCAGCCGCAGUACGCGGGGGGCAGCUACCCCCCGCAGCCCUACACCACGCAGGCUUCGCAGCCCGCGCCCUACAGCGGGCCCCCUGCGUCCCAGGCGGCUCCUGGCACCUACCAGCCGCGGCCCGGCUUCACCCCCCCACCUGGCAGCACCAUGACCCCCCCGCCCAGCGGGCCCAACCCCUACGCCCGCAGCCGGCCUCCCUUCGGCCCCCAGGGCUACGCGCAGCCUGGGCCCGGCUACCGGUAAGCAGGUGGGCAGGUGGGUGACGGGCACUCGUGCUCCCAUCCCCACAGGCUCCAGGAUUUUUACUUGAGAUUCUGGGACUGUCGUGAGGCACAACUGUAGCUGUUAAUUAAAAUCUGCCGGGGGGAGGGGGAUGGAUGACCAAACAAAUCUUUCCUGCUUUACAUUGUAUCUGCUUCCUAGUGUAAUUUGGGGCCAGGUUGUUGGGAAACACUACCUAAAUGUCUGUAAAGUGAUCGACGUUCUAGCUUGCCUUGCUUGGAGGAUACGAAGAUGCUAGUUGGAAGUUUAGCCCGUUUAUCAGGCUUGUUUUUACUAAUACCAUGACGUACUAAAUUAGAUUCGUUCUGGAGGUAAAACUAGAUAUGAUGUAUUAUAAAUUGUAACGCUCACACGGGAAACUAAUAAAACCCCUGAAUCUAUUAAA